UACACAACUACUACUAGCCGAUACAAUACCUACUUAAUAGAACAGUUUCCUUCUCUAUCCUCGACCACGCCACAUGUCCGAAUAGUCUAUCGUUUGGUGAUUCCUCAUCAUCGGUUAUAGUUAGGUAUGUGUAUGUACUUUAUAUUUGUAUAUAUUAAACAUUAUUUAAAGUUAAAAUAAUGUGUAUUGGAUAUUGAUGUACAAACAACGGUAAAUCAGUUUAGACAGUUUAUCUCUUGUUUAUAAAAUCAAUGUUUUCUUGCGGUUGUAUGUUUAACCUGGAACAUCAUUUAUCGCUUCCCUUUUUGAAGGUUACAUAGUUUUGAAGUGUGUAUUUUAAGUAAACAUCGUUAUUGAAAAAUAUAUUCAACUAAGUGGAGAUUAUAAUCAAAGUGAGUACAUAUUUAUUCAUGCUGAACUUUAAAUUCAAGUGUAUAAAAGUAUGAUACGAAAAGAAAAUGGACAGUUCGAGCAAAGAUUCUGGGCAUCAAGGUGGCAGUGCGUUUAUAAAUGAAGAGACAGAAAAAAAGAAAAUGAAUCCCAAAGAAAUCGUAAUUAGUUUUGCCAAAAAGGCGGCAUUAUUUAUCAUAGGUUACGUAAUAUGUUACUUAAAUUUAUCAUUAACUCUACCGAUUCUGACAAUAUGUACCUUAGUUUUUUUUGAGACACAAACAUCAGGAAUUUCGAAAAAAAUCUCAAGCAAGUCCAAAGCAAGUUCGUAUACCAAGAAAGAUCUCUUAAAAGUCGUUGAUGAACUACCAUCCUGGGUAACUUUCCCAGAUAGAGAGAGAGCAGAAUGGCUUAACGAGAUCAUUGGACAAUUAUGGCCUAGUAUAUCUCUUUAUGUAAUAAAAUUGUGCAGAACCAAAUUACAAACAAAAAUUCAAAAGAAAUUUGACGGUUUCAAAUUUGAAGAAAUUGAUUUUGGAUUUACGCCACCAAAAAUUGACGGAGUAAAAGUAUACAAUAAAAACGUCACAAAAGACUCAAUUAUUAUUGAUUUUGAUUUAUACUACGACGGGGACUGCACUAUAAAUUUUUCAGUGUCUGGAACACAAAUUGGACGAAUCAAAGAUUUUCAGGUAGGAGCAGAACUGCGAUUGGUAUUGAAACCAUUGAUGAUAAAAAUGCCUUUGAUUGGUGGAAUACAGAUCUUUUUUCUUAACACACCUGAUAUUAAUUUCGAAUUAGAAGGAAUAUCAGGUAUUCCAGGUCUUAGCUACUUCAUUCGACAAAAGAUUGAGGAAAGAAUAACAAAAAAAUUGGUAUUCCCAAAUAAAGUAACAAAAAGGUUUUCUAAGUCUGUUGAGGCUGCUGAAUUGAAAUCAUUAGAACCAGCGGGUGUUUUGAGAGUGCAUGUAUUUGAAGCUAAAGAUCUGGAAAGAAAAGAUGUUACCGGAAAAUCGGAUCCUUAUGUUGUAUUAACGGUUGGCGCUCAAGAACGAAAAACUCCUGUCAUCAAAAGGGACUUGAACCCAAAAUGGGACUACUGGUGUGAAUUUGUAAUUUUGGAUCCAGUAGGACAACAUCUACAUUUUAAAAUGUUUGAUCAAGACGAUUUAAACGAAGAUGAUUUUAUGGGAAGUGGUAUCAUUGAAAUUCACCAGGCAAUAAAAGAUGGAGAAAAUGACAAGUGGUUUAAUUUAGACAACGCAAAACAUGGAAAAAUACAUCUUAGAUUUACUUGGUUAGGUCUCUCUGCUAAUCAGGAAGACUUGCAGGCGGCAUUGAAAGAAAUUGCUUUAUUGAAAGUAGCAGAUAUAAGCUCCGCACUCCUUACCAUAUACUUAGAUACCGCACAAGAUCUUCAGAGAGUGAAGUCUAAAAAACCGGAACCCUAUGUAACGUUGACAGUGAACAAAUAUCAGCAAAAAAGUAGAGUAAAGAAACAUACCUGUGAUCCAAUGUGGGAACAAGGAUUUUCAAUAUGUGUUCCUAAUCCAGAAACUGAUUCACUUAAUUUGGCAAUAAUAGAUAAGGAGAGUGAGACAAAGCUGGGUCAAUUAACAUACCACAUUAAAGACCUUUUCCGAUGUCCAGACAUGCAGAUUAGUAAAGAAGAAUUUAAUUUAACUAAUUCUUCAGGGAAAAUUGUUAUUUCCCUUCAACUUCGGAUUUUAAUGCACAAUAAGUAUGAAUGUGAUGAAAGUGAUACUGAUUCUGAAAACGAUUCAAACGAAAUUUCUCGAGAUAAUUCCGUCCGGUCAUCGUCCAGGAAAUUCAGAACAAUAACCACUUCUACCUCAGUAAAUGAUUCUACACCACCAAGAACACCCUCCCAACCACAAACACCAGUAAUAGAAAAAGAAGUUACGUUCGAAAGGCAGUCCUCUCUUCGAUCUUCUCAGAGUUCUGUGAGAAGUUCUAGUUUCAAAGUCAAGCCUGAACUGGGUCAAAUGGAAAUAAGUCUAUUUUAUAGUGCACCCAGACAAAAACUAGUUAUUACCAUUCACAGGAUAUCAAAUCUGCCACUAAAAGAUCCAAGUCAUAUACCAGAUCCCUAUGUGAAACUCAAACUCAUUGGUCUAGGAUCACAAAAACUUAAAAAUAAAACGAAGGUAAUAAUGGAUAACUGUGAUCCUGUAUAUGAAGAAACAUUCGAAUAUCUUGUAUCCAAUUCUGAUCUUCCAAACAAUAAGCUAGUUUUAACAGUAAAGAGUAAGAAAAUGUUCAAUUCUUUCGUUAUGGGACAAGUGAUAAUAAAUUUGAAUAAUUUCCAAGGCCUAAAUGAACCCUUUAAAGAAUGGUAUGAGUUGUCACAUGCAGAAGAGUCAGACUAACGAUGUUUGAUAUGUACUGUUUCUUAAGUGUACUUGUAAUGUAAUGGAAUAUAUAUUAACCUAUAUAGUUUUUUAGAUACAUAUUUGUUACUAAGCAACUGAAUAAAAUUUCUAAAUUUUCAA